CCAACGUGGCAUCCGUUGCCUAGCAACGCGAUGUCAACCUCGUUUUCCAAAACACCAAACUAGCUACUAGCCUGACUGUUUAUGCCGGCGGUCGUGGUUAUGACACAUCUUUAACUUGCCAUUUAGUUUGGAGAGAAAUAGGACACAGAAUGGGGAAGAAAGUGAGAAAAGAGAGUGAAACUUCAUGCAAGGAAACGUUUGAACCACUACCUGUUGAGGGAAAAAACCCAGCAACAGUCGUGCUGCUGCUGAGCUCCCCAGAGGAGGACAUACUAGUGAAAGCCUGUGAGGCAAUCCACACAUUUGCAGAGAAAGGAGAUGAGAACAAGGUUUCUCUGCUUGGACUUGGGGCAUUGGAGCCUCUCUGUCAGCUCAUCAGUCACAGCAACAAGUUGGUCAGACGCACCGCCCUCAUGGCCUUGGGCAUCAUGGCCACCAACAGCGAUGUAAAGAGUGCUCUGAAAAAAAUUGAUGUCAUUCCAUCAAUCAUCGACAAGCUGUCACUUGAGGAAGAUGUAGUUGUCCAUGAAUAUGCAACACUGUGCCUGGCCUCUCUGUCAGUGGAUUUUGUCUGUAAGGUCCAGAUCUUUGACAGCAAGGGCCUGCCGACUCUAAUCCAGCUCCUAUCCAGUCCAGACCCUGAUGUUAAGAAGAACUCUCUAGAGACCAUAUUCAACAUGGUUCAGGACUUCCAAAGUCGUCAGGCAGUACAUGAACUGGGCGGGAUCCCUCAACUUCUGGAACUGUUGAAGUCAGACUUCCCUGUCAUUCAGCAUUUGGCUUUAAAGACGCUGCAGAAUGUCACCACUGAUAAAGACACACGCAAUACCUUCAGGGAAGAGCAAGGAUUUGAGAGGCUCAUGGAUAUCCUCAGUAACACGGACUUCAGUGACCUCCAUAUUGAAGCCUUACAGGUAGUUGCUAACUGUCUGAAUGACAGUGAGAGUUUCCAACUAAUCCACCAGGAUGGAGGGCUGACAAGGCUGAUGGAGUUUAUUAUCACCCCUGACAUCACUGAAAUCCAGUCCUGUGCUGUUAAAUGCAUCGCCAGGGUUGCUCAGAGCGCUGAGAAUCGCAAGCUGCUCCACAAGCAGAACGUGGAGAAGGUUCUGGUGGAGCUUCUGUCCGUGUCGGAUGUCAGUGUGAAAACAGCAAGCUGCCAGGCUGUGUCCAAAAUGAGCUUUCAUCUAGCCUGCAAAGACCGCUUCAGAGACCUGGGUGGUAUCCCUGCAGUUGUACAGCUGCUGAACAAUGAGAGCUUGGUGCUGAGAGAGGCAGCAACGCAUGCCCUUUCCAACCUCACACAUGGAAACAAGCUCAACGCAUUUGCAGUGUACGAGGCAGGCGGCCAUGAGAUCCUUGUCCAGCAGCUCUGUGGAAACUGUGCUGGGACGGUGGCCAAUUCUGCCGCUACACUUGGCAACAUGGCAGGACAGGGGGUCAUCCGCUGCAGCAUCUUGUCGCAUGGAGCCAUGCAGGCCCUGGUGGAGCCCUUGAAAUCCACAAAUGUGCAGGUCCUGAUCAACACCACACAGUGCCUAGCAAUGCUGGCCUGUGACACAGAAGCGAGGGCAGAGCUCCAAACUGCUGGAGGCCUUCAACCACUGGUCAAUUUGCUACGCUCUUAUCACAAGGAGGUGCUGCAUAAUGCAUGCUUGGCUAUCAAUGUCUGUGCCAGUGAUGGGCCCACCGCCGUGGAGAUGUGCAAAUUUGGAGCCGUGGAACUGCUUCAGGAAAUCAACCAAUCAGUGAAACGUAGGAGUAGUGUCAGCAAGCUGGCCAUGACCAGCCUGCUUAACUCCAAUUUGUCUGUUAAAUACAGCCUGACAGGCCAUUUGUCCUCCACUGACAUUAUUAGUGAUGGCUUCUAUGAUGCUGGAAAGGCUUGUGGGGGUCAGAGGAUUCUGUCUUUAGAGGAACUGUCUGAGCAGCCUGUCAACCAGCAACGGCCCAUUAUAUUUGUUAACACAGCAGCUGAAGAGAUAGUGGAUGCGCCAGAUGAGAGCCAGAGCAACGAAUUGGAAACAGACACCAGCAGUAAGAGAGACCGCAGAACAUCAAGAACUCCCCUUCUGGACAGGAAGAAGAAGCAGAAAGAUGAGACCCAGCCUGAGUCUCCAACGGAGAAACUGUGGAAGAUGAUGGAUGACGUCUCAUUACAGCUUCUGGUGAAAGAGGUCAAAGAAUCCAUCCUCCCACUGAGUGAGGAACGGGAGCAGUAUGCUGCCUUGGCAAGGCUGGUGAAUGAAGCCAUGGGUGGAGCGGUGGAGAUGGAAAAGUUGCACGAAUUCCCAUGGAUGCUGCACCUCAGCGAGCUCAAGUUUCAGCUCCAGUCUAAUGUUGUUCCCAUUGGUUUGAUCAGAAGGGGAAUCUACCGCCAUAGGGCACUUCUCUUCAAGUGUCUGGUUGAUCACAUUGGACUGAGCUGCACACUAGUCCGGGGUGAAUACAACCGUGCUUGGAACGAGGUACUCCUCUUCACAGGGAAUCCAUCCAGCAAUGGGAGCUCUUCACUGCCUUGUCGCUACAUAGUGGACCUCAUGCACCAGCCUGGAAGCCUGCUGAAAGCCAACACCCCUGCUGCUGUGCAAUACCAGAUUAUAUAGACAAACACUGUGGUGUCAGUGACAUUUUACUGAGAUACAUUAUAGAUUAUUGAUCUAUAUUGUAUGUGUAUUUGCUGUAUGGUAGUUCUUUAAAGCAUACAGUAUUAAUCAAAUGAUCAGUUGAGUAUUUCCGUGCAUGCAUGAGCCUUAAAGGGAAAUACUUUGUCAGUGUCUGUCUUUGAAUAUGGCUCUAAGUCUGAUUUAGCCUUUGGUUCGUACUGCAGAGGUUUUAACAGUGUUGCAGCAUAAGUCCAAACAGUCAAACUAGAGUUGGUAGUUUUUAACUUAUAUAUUUUUGUUUUCACUUUUUAAAUUUCAGUUCAGUUUGUUUGUUUCAGUUUCAUUUGUUUAGUUUCAUUUCAUUUGUUAUCAUUUUAUUGUGGGUAUUUACGAUUCUAGGCGUUCAGAGUAGAAAUAACUGACUGUCAUGUAAACAUCCCAGUAGUAAACAUGCAGUAAUGUCCACUUAUACUUGUUGUGUUGAUGGAAAAACGCUGUGAAUGUGCCGUCUGCCACUCUGGUAGAUAAAACAUGAUGAAGUGCCUUCCAUGGUGCCCCUCCAGUAACCUUUGUGCGCUCAGAUGCCCCUCUGUUUCAUCAUACUGCAUGCUAGAAUCAAUCAGCACAAAAUAAAGUUUCCAGUAUGACUUCCUA